AUGAUGAAGUUACUUACAAUGAGAGUUGCUUCCCACUGUCAGCCGGAUCUCAUAGAAUCCCUAAAGAAGAGCGAGUUCGACCUGCUGGAAAAGCAAAACCAACUAGCAGAGCAAGAAGCAACCAUAAGAAGCCUUAUGGCUCGCUUUGAUGAUGAUGUACUUGAAGAGAGCACAUUGAUGGAGAUGUUACAGGCGGCAUGUGCUAAAGCAACUGAUGCCAAGAAGAAGUGCCACGACUUAAGAAAGUCCCUUGAUGCUGCUAAAGAGGGCAUAAAGACUUAUGGCAAGAUUUCGGGACUCCUUACCGAAAUCUACAUCCUUGUGGAGCGACUCCCACUAUUCAAUCCCUCUUUGGUCAUUGGGAUCGACAGGUUCAGUGCACUCGUCAUUGGAGAGAUGCAACCCCAAAACUUUGCCAAUGCUUGGGGCAGACUUCUCGAUGCUAACACUGUCAUCAAAAUGCUUCAAACAAUAUUCAGAUACUUCCAGGAUCAAGUUGAUGACAUAGCACUAGUGACAAUAGGCCUUGUGUUAGCCAUGUGGUACGAGUGUCACAUCGGUCUCACUACACCCCAGUUUUGCUCUCUCCUACAUGCCUCCUCCUCUUCACAGAUUGGAAGUGAGCUCUCAUCUCUUGAGUCUGAGAAGAAGGAGCCAAAGGGUGAGAAAUCUUGCUCUGUGCCCAAGUCCUCUCACCCUGUAUGGUUGACAGAUUCGCAGUGGCUCCAAAUACUCUCCUUGUCUAAAGUGGAACCUUUCACAAAUCUUAUUGAAAGUCUAACAACCCAUGAAAAACUUUGGCGAGUAUGGUAUGUUACAGAACAGCCAGAAACAGUGCCAUUUGCCCAAUAA